AUAUUACCAUUAUUGUGGCAUAAUUACUGAACUCCUUUUUCCUACUACCUCAUGCUUUGUUGUCAUAUUCAUCCGACAGUAGCAAUUAUUUCCACCAUUUAGUCAUAUAUCCAUUUGUGCCUUUGAUUAAUAAUUAAGGGAAACAAGCUCUUACAGUGUCAGCUCACAGGAUCUUUCAGGUUGUUGUUUUGUGCCUGUUCAAAAAAGAUGUAAAAUAUUCAUGUCCGUGUCAGAAAAUCGUGCAAAUGUCUUUGCAUGAUUGUUAGUGCCGUUGUCAAGUGCCACAGACAAAGCAUUAAAAAUAUGUAACCACAAAGGCAAAGGCAAGGAGGAGGGAAAUGAGUUAUAUAUUAAAACACAAUGAAAAGAUAAAUAAUAAAAAAAGCAGCUUUCAGUCUAAAUUAAAUGAGGAGAACGGAUUUAAAAGCAGGUAGUGAUUAGGCCUGCUUAAUGUGCAGGAACAAACAAUUCCAAAGUUUGGAGGUCACAGCUGAAAAAUCUUGAUCUCUCAUGUUCUUCAGUCUUGUUCAAGGGACAGCCAGAAGCCAGCUGACCUCAGUAACUCCUGGUUGUAUGAGAUCAGAAGGAUGUGUCGGAGCCAGACCAUUAGGUGAUUUGUAUGAGGACAGUGAAAUCUUAAAAUCGAUCCUAAGCCUUGCGCUUGCAUGCUCUUGUUAAAAGAUGAACUGCAGCAUUCUGCACCAGCUGCAGACGUGAGAGUGAGCGGCUUGCAGUCGUCAAGACGGGGUGAAAUGAAAACACGGAUGACCCUUUCAGUGACAAAUGAUUGAGACCUGUUGUGUCAUCAUCACACUAUGUUGUGCUACUUGCUGCGAGGAGGCUGCAGUCCUUUGCUCUGCCUGUGGGCCCUGCUUCUGCCUCUGGCCUCCCUCCAUCGCUUGAGCCACCACGGGCGGCGGGACAACGCGGCGGAGGACCGGCCCAAGCUGCUGCUCGUGUCCUUCGAUGGCUUCCGCUGGGACUACAUCGACCGCGUGCCGACCCCCAACUUCCACAGCAUCAGCGAUGAGGGGGUGACGGUGGAGUACGUGGAGAACGCUUACAUCACCAAGACCUUCCCCAACCAUUACAGCUUAGUGACGGGGCUGUACGCCGAGACGCACGGCAUCGUGGCCAAUGAGAUGUACGACCCCGCUCUGAACCAGUCCUUCUCCAUGGAGACGGACAGUAUUUAUGAAUCCCGGUGGUGGGAGGAGGCCGUGCCUCUCUGGGUGUCCAUCCAGAAAGAUGGAGGGCGCAGCGGAGCGGCGAUGUGGCCUGGGUCUGAUGUGAAGAUCCACGGCAUGUUUCCCUCUCAGUACCUCCAUUACAACGCCUCAGUCUCCUUUGAAACCAGAGUGGAACGGAUUAUUGAGUGGUUCUCCGCACCUAAGGAGGAGGCGGUGGAUUUUGGCGUUCUGUAUUGGGAGGAACCCGAUGAGAGCGGCCACAGCCUGGGCCCUCAGAGUCCACUUAUGGAUGUGGUCAUCGCGGGGAUUGAUGAGCAGCUUGGCUUCCUCAUCAACGAGCUGAAGAAGGCUGGACUGUACGAGAAGGUGAACCUCAUAGUGACCAGUGACCACGGCAUGGCACAGCUCUCCGCAGAUAACAUCAUAGAACUGGACGAGUACGUGAGCAGAGACCUGUACACCUGGGUGGAUAAGAGUCCAGUGGUGGGAAUCCUGCCCAAAGAAGGGAAGCUGGAAGAGGUGUACAGCCUGCUGCUUGAUGCAAACCCAAACAUGGUGGUGUACAAGAAGGAGGACAUCCCCGAGCACCUCCAUUAUCAGCACAACAUCAGGAUCAUGCCCAUCCUCUUGGAGGCCAAGGAGGGCUGGACCAUCAUGCAGAACAGGACCGGACCCCUCAUGUUGGGAAACCAUGGCUACGACAACACCUUACGCAGCAUGCAGCCCGUGUUUGUGGCUCGUGGGCCGGCCUUCCGCCAGAAAUAUGUCAAGACCUCCAUGCGCUCUGUUGACCUUUACCCUCUCAUGUGCCACAUCCUGUCCAUCCGCCCGCUACCGAACAACGGCUCCCUCCAUAAUGUCCAGGACCUCCUGUCUGAAGUGCCGGCUCCAUCCACAGUCGCCCCGCCCCAUCUACCCGUUCCUCCUAAAGUCAACGGAUACUCCUAUGCUCCCGUCGUGGGCUCCUUCCUCGGUGUGGUGUUGGUGCUGGGCUUCCUGGUGGUCUACAUCAUACUAGUGACGCUCAAACAGCGCCCGGCGCUAAAACGCAGAAGCUGGGAGAUGUCGCAGCCCUUGCUGCAAGAGGACUUGCACCUGUAGCUGAAACGAAGGGUGGCAGACAUAAAAGAAGAGGAGGUAUUGCUCCCCAAGGUACAACGCUCUGCCCAGAAGCAUCCCCUAAAUCAAUCCCUUACACCACUAAACACGAUUGUGCUGCACUUUUUAGUGGGCGGAGAUCAAGUCUAACCUUCUAAUCAUGUAGAGCUGCACCAUUCUCCAGUGUAAGGGGAGUGUCUAGGGCUUGCUUCUGUCGCAGGCUUAAUCAAAAUACUAAACCUUUACAUGGGUUUUUAGUGGCUUUGCUUUGAUUGUGAAUUUUACCUAAUAUCAUCUCAGUGUUUUCAUCGUCACUUAACGAGUAAUGAUUUAGAGUGGAAUUUUAACCUCGGAUUCUGACAGUAGCAGUGUGAGGGUGGUCAAAAGUAUGACUUGGGUAAUAUUAAGGUGUCCGUGUGUUCAAUAUAAAGUAGUUUACUAGGUGUUUUAGAUCACACUCCAAGACGAGGUGAAAAAGCUUCCCAUAGAGAGUGGCGGGAAGCACCUUCAGACAAUCUUACCUUGAUGGCAUUCAUUGCGUUGCACUCGUUUGUACAUGGGGAAACCGAGGUGUGUGGAGAAGUUCAAACACUUCACAUACCUGCCAAGCUGCUGCUUCAAGGGAGUGCGAUCGAAAAAUGUCAAAUUUUUGUCAGGCCUUGUGGAGACUGCUGGGCAAGUUACUAUUAAAAUUGUAUUCAGAUUUAUUUUAAAAUGUCUGGACACAAUUUUUUGGCAAACUGGAUCUAAACCACAUUCAGAGGUGGUUUGAAUCGUGAUACCAGCCACAUUUCUCUAGGUACACUUCAGCCUGUAUUUAAAAUCAAAAUAACAAUGUGACACUUAGAGUGACGGAAGAGGGGUUGUUUAGAGGGAGAAGUAGUGCUAUCUGUGGAUCUAAACCACAUUCAGAGGUGGUUUGAAUCGUGAGUGCUACUUCUAUUUCUCAUGGUCCUGUAUUAGAGCUACAUAUUCACUGGCACCUGUGUGCAGAUACUUUGGUCAGUGUCAGGACACUCCAAUCCGAUCCCAACACUUCCAGGCGACCGUGUGGACAGUCUGUCCUAAAGAUCUGAUUUGAGAAAUUAAAUCUUGAUUUGACCGCAGUCUGAACAAAGCCUUUUGAAGGAUACUUGCACUUUCUGCAGUGGUCGUGCUAGACAGCAGUCACUUUGCUUAAUUUGACAUUUUCAAAUCUAUGCAUUACAGAUUUGUAUGUCAUGAAGUAAUGAAGAAUCAAAGUCUUGGUAGAUUUGUAUUUCUACCACUUGUUCUACCUGGUGGUCUGAACACUGGAUGGGCUGUUGCUUUGAAGCACGUAAAAGUAGUUCUGUGAGAUUGGCCACAGUCAGAGUUCCUUUUGAAUGUUAUUUGGAAGCAGAUGGUCCACUAAAAACUCACUCCACGUGCCAAGCUAGCUGCUCUUAGGCGUACAGUUAGUUCUCUAUAUAUUUGAGCAGCGACACAUGUUUUGUUAUUUUAUCUUUUUACCAAAACAUGUUCAAGAUACAGUUGUAUACUCAAUGUGGGUUUAAAGUGCAGACUCCCAGCUGUAAUUUGAUGGUAUUCACAUGCAAAUUGGAGGAAGGGUUUAGGAAUUGCAAUAAUUUAAUAUGCAGCCACCUCUUUUGUUAAGGUACGAAAAGUAAUUGGACAAUUGACUCAAAAGCUAUUACAUGGGCUGCAUGGGCGGUUCCCUCGUUAAUCAUUCAUCAUUUAAGCAGGUAAAAGAUCUGAGUUGAUUCCAUUUGCAUUCAGAAGCUGUUGCUGUGAAGCUACAACAUGCAGUCAAAGGAGAUCUUAUGAAGUCCAACGGACCAUCCUUAGGUUGAACAAAAGGAAAAGAAAUUUAUUUGGUAAUGUCUGGGAAAAGAAAAAUACAUGUGAUCUUGGGCACUCAGGCCUGGACGUUCACAGAAGACAACAGUGCUGGAUGAUGUCCAUGGCUUCCACACUUCAGGUGGUCAUUGCCUGCAGAGGAUUCUCAACAAUACUUAAAAAAUUAACAUUGAACAUUUUGUUUAUGGUAGUGUUAAUUUGUCCAAUUACUUUUGAGCCCUUAAAACGAGGAGACUUUGUAUAAAAAUGGUUAAUUCUGUAAAAAAAAAAAAAAAAAAAAAAAAAAAAAAGGUUGUAAAAACCAUUUCAAAUGAUAUUUUUGUUUCAGCCCUUGGAUUAAACCUGAAAGUCUGCACUUGAACUGCAUUUUAGUUGUGUAAUUUCAAAUCUAAUGUGGUGGCAUGUAGAGUCCAAAUCAUGAAGAUUGUGUCACUGUCCAAAUAUAUAUGGGCCAAACUGUAGAUCAUCCCGAUCACACCUCGCCCUUUAGUUACCAUUUGCCUUUUUAACUUAACAGAGAACAUCUCUCUAAGGUGUGCAAUUGUUUGUGUGUCAGUCUGUUUUUCGUAGAGUUUGUGUUAGGAGGGCAUUCUUUUUCUGUGUAGCUGACUGUGUACUGCCUUUCUCUUGAUACGUUAACUGUCAUAACCAUGGCCAUUUGUUGGUGAAAUGUGAAGUGCAAUUGCUAUUGGUCAGUAUUUGGUCUUAGGGAUCUUAAGGGUUUCGCUGUUGUUUGGUUGAGAGGACGAUCUCGGCAUGACUUGCAAGAACUGUUCCCCUAAUUUGCACUACAGGAUCGAAAUGAAACAGAAUGAUGGGGAAGUAGUUGGAGGCUUCUUAGGUCAUGUGUUUAAUUUGCACUCGUAAAUUGUAGUUGCUGUUUGAAAUUUAUAAAUAUAUAUAUAUAGCAGCUUUUGCCAAAAAGCUUUUUAAUUAGCAUAAAGACAGAAGGAAGGCGUAGAAUCCAAAUCUGCAAAUCAAAUAUUCUCAUAUUUUUUCAGCAAUUUUUAAGAAAGAAUUGGUUCAAUUUUACUCCUUUUGCUUUUUGAUGAACUGACUAAUACCUGUGCCCAAAAAAUGACAGACAUCACUGUGAUAUAUACUUUUUACGAAAUUUAAAUUCAUAAAUUGAAAGGAUUUAUACGCUAAUUUUCUGAUAAUUGUAUUGUUUUAUGAAAGAAAUGUGUUGUCUGAUAAUUUUCCCCUGACUUUCUGAAAGAGAAAUGAAAUAUAUCCAUACUAUAUUUAAAAAUGAUUCAUUUGAAAUUGUUACAAUUGAUGGGUUUGCUAUUACACUGAAUUUAAAAUGUGAAUGUGUAUUACAGUCUAAAAAUGACCUAUCUUUGCCAUGUUGAAAGAGUUAAAGAGUCUUCUGGAAAUAAAGGGACUAAUGUGAAA